UUGCACAUGUUGAGUCUUGAGACCAAUCUCUACUUGGAACCCUUUGCCAUGAUCACGUGUUGAGUACGCGCAGAAAUGUGAAGCAAGGAAGAGGUCAGGCUAGGCUAAACCAUUCACGCAAUCAGCCUCACGAGGUGAGGCUGGCUACUUAGUCUCAUGUGGCCCAACACGAAAACUAGGCCAGUGCGACCAAACUCCAAGGUCCGCCCUUUGCGCACGACCAUUUGUGGCUUUGUUUGUUCUGUCUUGGGCCAGCGCUUACCACAUUCUACCACAACUCAUCCCUCAAGACCCUCCAACAGCGCCCGUCUUGCGAAUCGUCGUGUAUUGGUUGAGGCAAUGCAACUCGGUCCCACACAUUUUCCCAAGUGCAAAGCUCUUCUUUGUCUGCCUCAGCCUCUCACUUGCAUGUCGAUGCCCACUAAGGCGUGCUACAAAUCACCUCCAGCCAUCCGGGAAUUAUUGCAACAGUACUCGUCUUCGUCAUUUUGCAUGAAUAUGCUGUGUCCCGUUCGCUCAACAUGCCCACUUUACCUAUAUUUACGUCCUGUUGAUCUGCCACAUGCACGCUCAGACCCACCCACUCUACACCACCACCAGUGCGCAAUCCUACGCUUGUCCCGAUUCGGCACAAAUAUACAAUCUACUCGUUCCACCAGUGGUCAACUACUCUAUCGUCCAGUCCAAGACAAGAUAACCGAGGUGUGAUUGGAGAGAGUGUGAGGAAUGCCUUGCAUGCUCAUACUGACGCUUGCCCCCAUGCUACCGUGACAUUUCCUCAUGAUCGCACCACGAUACCGCUUUCGAUUGGAUCGCCAGGGACAUGACCCGAUUGCUAUAGGUAGGGGAGGCUCUGAAGCUGCCCUGGCCGCAGUAAGUGUUGCUGGGGUAUUCUCCCUCGCUCUCACUGCGCUCAGCCGCCGCACACUCUCCGCCAUACUGCUUACUUAUGUACCCUCUAUCUUAUUGCCUCUGCCUCGCCAUUUAGAUAUCGCCUU